AUGGCAACUCGCUGUGUUGAACUUUUGCAAAAGAAUGGACUCAAAGCGAAACUCAAUGAUAAGUUUGAUUGGAUCCAUGAUACCUAUCUAAUCCUCAUACGAAUGUUCCCGGAUGGAUGCCCGCCAACGACUAUUAUCUCUAUGAAUGCACGAUAUGAUGCUCACUAUCAUACCAAGGUAGGAACUGCGCUACGACCGUUGAGAAGAGAAGAUGUGCUCUUUAUUGGUACGGGAGGCGCGGUACAUAAUUUGUAUCGGAAUAAUUGGUUUCAGAUGUUAAUGUAUCGAGACAACUUCGCCAUGAAAUCCCCUCCAGAUGCUGCAAUGCUUGAAUUUCGCCAAGAGUUCGAAGAUGCAAUGACUAAAAACUCCGGACCGGAAUUGCGAAGAGCAGUGACAAUGUCGAUGAAAUUACCUAAAUAUCGUGAUGCGCAUGGCACAGAUGAUCAUUUUAUGGCUGCAAUGUUUGUGGCAGGGCUUUGUGGAGAUUUUGAAGAUCGGGGUACUGCUGCUGUGAUGGGGGCAGAGGACUGGGAGCUGAGGAAUAUGUGUAAUAGUCAGUAUACGUUUGGAAACUGGGGCUCUGGUAAUUCGAGGAUGAUGGGCAAAGUUUAG